AAUUUGAUGCUGGGACCCUCCUCCUUAGUACGCACCGACUGAUUUGGAGAGAUCCAAAAAAUCAUGAGUGCUGCAUGGCCAUUCCCUUGUCCCAGAUUGUGUUCAUCGAGGAACAGUCAGCUGGAAUUGGGAAGAGUGCUAAAAUAGUGGUUCAUCUGCACCCGGCUCCUCCUAGCAAAGAACCCGGUCCAUUCCAGAAUAGUAAGAACUCUUAUAUCAAGCUCUCCUUCAAAGAACAUGGCCAGAUCGAGUUUUAUAGACGUUUGUCAGAGGAAAUGACACAGAGAAGAUGGGAGAAUAUGCCAGUUUCCCAGUCAUUGCAAACAAGUAGAGGAUCUCAGCCAGGAAGAGUAAGGGCUGUUGGAAUUGUAGGCAUUGAAAGGAAACUGGAAGAAAAAAGAAAAGAAACUGACAAAAACAUUUCUGAGGCCUUUGAAGACCUCAGCAAGCUAAUGAUCAAGGCUAAAGAAAUGGUGGAAUUGUCAAAAUCAAUUGCUAAUAAAAUUAAAGAAAAGCAAGGUGACAUUACAGAAGAUGAGACCAUCAGGUUUAAGUCCUACUUGCUGAGCAUGGGAAUAGCUAACCCAGUUACCAGGGAAACCUACGGCUCAGGCACACAGUACCACAUGCAGCUGGCCAAACAGCUGGCUGGAAUAUUGCAGGCGCCUUUAGAGGAGCGAGGGGGAAUAAUGUCACUCACAGAGGUGUACUGUUUAGUAAACCGAGCUCGAGGAAUGGAAUUGCUCUCACCAGAAGAUUUAGUGAAUGCAUGUAAGAUGCUGGAAGUGCUGAAAUUACCUCUCAGGCUCCGGGUUUUUGACAGUGGAGUCAUGGUAAUUGAACUUCAGUCCCACAAGGAAGAGGAAAUGGUAGCCUCAGCCCUGGAGACAGUUUCAGAAAAGGGAUCCCUAACAUCAGAAGAGUUUGCUAAGCUUGUGGGAAUGUCUGUUCUCCUGGCCAAAGAAAGGUUGCUGCUUGCAGAAAAGAUGGGCCAUCUUUGCCGAGAUGACUCCGUGGAAGGCUUACGGUUUUACCCAAAUUUAUUUAUGACACAGAGCUAAAGGCUUUGCGUUUGAAAUACUUUGUGUCCACACACUUGCAUCGUGUAGCACUUGUAUGACUUUGAACUAAUUGCUAAAUCCUGAUAAACUGAGAAUUCAGUAGAAUUUCACAGUAUAAUAUAAAACUUUUAAAAUCACUCCCUGAAUACUAUGGUCCUGGAAGCUUAUUUAGGAUAUGUAAAGAAAAUACAUAAAGAAAAAUGAAUGACAGUAUGAAUUUAAAAUUGUGCUAUAUCUGUGCCGAACCUUCAGAGUUUAACUUGAAACAAUGGAGCUUUUAACUUGAUUCCCUUAUCUAACCAUUUUUUAGAGAAUUUAAGUUCUUGGGGAGGAAAAAGAGAAGCAGCUGCAUGUUUGGGCAGGUUAGAUCAUUGUUUUGGUGUUCAUGGAAUUAAAAAUGUUUUUCCUUUUGUAUGAUAAGCCCAUUUUGGGCGGGGGGAGGUACAUGAAGGAGGUGGUUGUUACAGGGUAGUUAAAAUCCCCACAGCAUUGGAAUAGGCUAUCAAACUAAAACUACAGAAUGCUGUACAAGGCCCAACUAAGGGCUUUUCUAGGCAGUCCCAAGCAUGUCUUCAACAGAGUAAAUAACACUCCUCUAGACAAGGAGCGAGCUAGGGUAUAGCUCAGCUGUGGUGAGCCAUACAUAAGGCCCUGGGCUCUAUGCCCAGCAUAGCCAAAAAACAAAACAAAACAAAAAAAAACUUAAUGUAUAUACACUCAACUAGUUUCUUUUUAUUUAUUUUUUUAGUGAUUUCAUGGCUGGCAUUUAAAGAAUGCAACUGUAUAAUUUUGUUUUAAAAAUGCUGUGGAUUUUGAAGGUAAAUUAAAGAGCUGUAUAGACAUGCCCAUAGUUAUGAUUACAGAUUUCGGAGUCAGACAGCUAGAAAUUCCCUAGGACUGUUGUGUAAGUUGAAGGGUAGAAGGAACCUUUAACUAACUUCACAGGACUCUUAGUGCUCUUUCACCUGAAAGCCAAGAUGAGAAAUAGAAAAUAGAAAAGUAAUAUAGCUGCUCUUCUCUCUCUUACAAUAGUCUUAACACUGAACUUUAAAACUCUUUGUCAUACUCUAGCAAUAUUUUUUUCUUCUUUGCCCUAUAUAUCAUAAGUUGUGUACAGAAACCAGCUUGGUAAAAAAUGUUAUUGAGAAAAUAUAAACUGGCUAAUAUCACAUGCAGAUUGCCUAAAUUUUAAAGGAGACUGCUUGACUUCGUGUGUCACUGCUGUCCAGCAUACAGUGUGUGGACAUUAUGCGUACUCAGGGACCGACAGGACAGAAGGAAACUUCCUGAGAAUGAUUUGGGAGUAGAAAAGAAGUGGUGGUGUUCACCAGGCCUCCAUAAGGAAUGAUGUCUGCACUGGGGGAACCCUGCACCAGGGAGGGACCCAGGUGCACACUCUGGGACCUCUAAGACAGGCUUUCACGUGGAGGUCGGAAGCCAUUGCCCGCGGCCCCUCUGGAUACCCCCUGGGGAAGGGCUAAGGUCCUCAGCUCACAGACCCAGGGAUCCUAACCCUGUCCCUUCCUGAAGAGUGGCUGUUUGUGCUUUGUGUUCUCCGGUGUCCUCUAGGAAUGCUGGGGCCAAGGCAUUCUGCUUUAGUCUUCAUUUUCUAAACCUGUCACUGACUGUUCAUUGCAGUGACAGAGCCCUUAAUUACCUCAUUGCUCAGCCUCAGGUUUAUUUGGGGGGUAAUUCAGUGAGUGUCUGGCUGCCCGAGUCUUUGGGGUAAGCUGGACCACUGUGCAUGUCUUGCCUCUCUGGGUUGCACCCUGUCACAUGGCUCUGGCAGACUUGUACAAACACACACGUCCAAACGCAUACAGCCAUGCUAUCUCAUCUGUCUAAGCUUCUUAAGAGAUAAAAGGUCUUGUUUCACCAGUUGAAAUAAUUGCAGGUAAGGUGGGAGCUGCUUGCUCUAGCUCAGUAUGGUCAACCUGCAUAAUUUUGCAUAUUUAUUUACUUCUGUGGCAACAGAUUAACAAAAAUGAGGGUAAUCUGAGUUGUAUAAAGUGAACUAAAGAGGAAGAAAAACACGAAUAUACUUUGCAAAUGUCACAUCAUUUAAAAACAAGUAUGAUUGAUGUUUAUUCUAAUUGUCUUUUUAAAUGGGCAUUUUUCACUGUUUCCAGACCUCUAUUUUUAUUUUUUGCCAAACAAGGUGUUAUUCUGGUCCUUCGUUGGUAGAGGUCAACCAAUCAGGCGCUAUACGUGCAGAAAAGCUCUGCCUUGGUGCUUCUCACUGGUAUAAUUAUUUUUGUUCUCUUAACUUUGCUCUUAAGAGCAUGAAUCUCUUUGUAGCUUUAUGGUAAUGAAAUAUUUCUAGUCACUUACUAUCAAGGAUAAUUUUUUUACAUUGUAUAAGUGAAGGUUGUUUUCAGGGUUAACUGAUUGGUAUUAAUGUAUAUAAAGUGAAAUUAUUUCAAAAUUUUAAAACGAUUCUCUUGUUUGGUAUUUUUAAAAAAUUCUGAAAAAAUAUGAAAAUGGUAGACAUUUAGUCACACACUAAGUCAGAAUGUUAACAAUUUUUCUUCUAAAUUUUAUAAUUAAGCAUUGCUCAUACAUAGUUAUGACUUUGAGGUCUUACUGUUUUAGUUAUCUUUAAAAAAUGGGAAAUGAGGCAUGGACUGUUUCUUUCCUUCUUUUUUUCUUAAAAUUCUUUGUGUGAAUUCCACUGUGAACUGACUGGAUGUGCUCUGUCUUGUUGUCUGUUACGAACCCAAGUGGACCAGACAUGAAUUCAUCCUGUUACUGUUCUCAUGCUCAUAUCCUUAAACUGGUUCUCUUUUGCCCAGCAAUCACAGAGACUUCGUUUUGGUACAGUGGAGUCACAAUGUGUAAGGUGGUUAGGUUUUAAUGACUGCUGAGGACAAAACUAAGCAUGCUCAAAGUGAUCGUUUAAAAUCCCUUAAGUUGCCAAUAAAGUUCCAACAGUCUUAUCCCCUGUGGAAUGAUAUGUAGGUCCGACUAUAUCAUGCAGGUAGGAAGUAUGUAUAGUAGAACUGCAUACCACCAAUAGACUUUUCUAGUAUUAAUAAUUAUGCUCUUUAAAUAUGGGUCUUUUUGCCAAUAGGUAUGUUUGGAUUUAUGUAAAUGUAUUGUCAAUCCUAUCCCAAUCUAGAGUGUAAGCUCUUCAAGAGCAGAGUUCUGUGUUCAUAAAUAUAUCCCCAGAGCCCAGAACAGGGCUUACCACACAAAAAACGUUCAAUAAAGAUUUA